CAAAUUUUAAGUAUUUACUUAAAAUUGAUCGCAAAUAAUAAUAUGUGAGAAUAUCGGGUACAAUCUCUAAAUAUGAAUCCUCUGAUUCUUCACUUGCAAUUUGCUUAAAGAAUUUAAUUUAAAAUUAAAUCUCUAAUUCUUCAAAAAAACUCGAACGUUCUUCGAUUCUUCGAAUCUUCGUUCUUGAGAUCUUCAAAUCUUCGAACUUCGUUCUUCAGAUCUUCAAAUCUUCUUGAAUGCAAAAUUCAAUAUUGAAGGGCCUCCGGUUUCAAGUAGCUUGAUCUUCAACAAAAGGGCCGUUAUGUGGCUUGAUCUUCUGUUAAAGGGCUUCCCGGGAUAUAUGGCUUGAUCUUCAAUUGAAUAUUGAUUCAAUCUUCAUAUGAAUAUCUUCAAAUCUCCAAAGAUUCGUUCUUCAUAUCUUCGAAUCUUCAAAGCUUCGUUCUUCAGAUCUUCGAAUCUUCAAGCUUCGUUCUUCAGAUCUUCGAACGUUCUUCAACUUUUGGCUUUGUUUGAUCAAGAAUCGAUGAAAUCACAAAGGAUUAUUCAUAUAUUCUUGACAAAAACGUGGCUUGAUCUCUUCCUCUUCUUCGGAAUCCUUCAGAGCCUUUCGGGAGUUCUUCAGAGCUUUGCUGCAGCGUUUCUUCGUCUGGAAGUUCUCCUCCCUUCCUCUCAACUGAGACCCCUAUUUAUAGGUGUGGAGGGGUGAAAAUAUGGUUUAGGGUUUAGCAAAUUCGUCCAUAUGCCUUGGGCCUCAAUUAAAAUGGGCUUCGGGCUCUAUUUGCUUGCAUUUUAAUAGCUAAAAAAAUCAGCAUUUGUCCGAUGUAUUUGGACAGCUUUUUUAACAAGGUUCGGAGCUAUUUUUCAUGCAUAUGGACACAUUUCUUAGCCAGAUUCACCGCUCUUUUUAUCAAUUGGAUCAUGUCUCUUAUAUACUGGGCCGUUAUUUCAUAAUGAGCUCAAAAUUAAUAGGACCGGUCCAUCCUUUUAAAUAUUAAAUUAAUUGGAUAUUUCAAUGACCACAAUUAAUUUAAUCACUAAAUUGUGUCCGAAUGGAUCCGUAUUAAUAUUUUCCUCUUGAUAAGACCCAACAAUCAUUACAAGCAGUCCAGUAGUAUCUGACGGUGGCCCAAUUGUUCUUCAAAAGAGAUUCAAUAAGAUGCAAAAUAGUCCGAUAGCACUUACAUGGGUUCAAUAAUAUUAAGGACCAUCACAAAAAUAAUAAGCCCAAAAUAUUAAAUAAUUUUCAAUACCCACAAAUGCCCCCUCGAGACUUACUUGGAUCUUAAGUUUGACAGAAAAGUAAGUCUCGAAAUAAAUUGGCUCAAAUCACGACAUAAGAUGAGAAGUCGGCUUAAGAUAUACGGAGUAUUUUCUUCUUUAACUGAAUAUAAGCCUGGCCCAAGAUUCAUAAAGCCAACAACUAAAUCAUUAAACCCAUCAGGAAGCUUCGUUUAAAGCUUAUGAUUUAGUAAAAUCAUAAAAAUGAUUAAACCGUGCAAUUGAAAUCGGCCAAUCAAUUCCAUCCCCAUCCUUUUGAAUCUAGGCCCUUUAAAAUGUGUCCAAUGCCAAUCACAACCAUCAAAUUAUAGAGUUAUAGUAGAACUCCUAUAGCCGCCCCAACAAACGUAUUCUAAUGGAAGUAAUCUGACUGAUUUCCAUGCGUUUUAUCUGGAUCGCUCCAACAUACGUAGUGAGUAUUAUAAAUAGGAGAUCAAAUCAAUCUGUAAUCAGCAUAUUUAUGGAGAUCCCAACAUUCAUUAAUUCGUGCGAGCCAGAGACCGUCGAAAGGUAAAUGUUCUUAUUCUAACUUUGUAUCUCUUUCUUCUUAUGGCAUAUUGCAGGGGAAUUCGUUGAAAACAAAGUCCAAGAUGUUGCUGACCGGAGCAAAAUUGCUGCUGAUGAUUUUUUUUUAUAUCCGGGAUUCGCUGCUCUUGCCUGGUGCCCUGUUCAAGAAGGAAGGUUUGAUUAAUUGCGGGCGACAUCGAGAGUUCAUGGAGGAAGCAGGUCGCCGCUUCUCUGUUCGCCGCCGGGCUGUUCGGUCGCUGGAGAGAGAUGGUCUUCGACGCUGAUUUCCGGCAAGAAUAGAUCUGGGUCGUUGGGCGCUGAGUUUGGGGUUGAACUCCGAUGGCGAGCAGCAGACCGAUGGUGAACUUGGACGCUGAAAUCGCUGAUCUCUUAGGUUUGUUGCCGGGCCAGUAUAUCAAGCAGGUUGUCCGUCGUUCCUGUUCCUGUUCAUCUUUGGGCCAGUAUUGGCAGCUGAGGCGUUGCUGAUUUCAUCAGAUGCUGAGGUCAGUGGUCUCUGGCCGGAUUGUUGGUGCCGUGGAAUGUUGCUGACUUUGUUGCUAUCGGUGCCGCUUAGCCCUUUGUUGGGAUGGUGCCGAUUUGAAGAAUUAGGCUGAUUCCCGAUUGUCGGUGCUGCUUGGCACUUUGUUGGGAUGGCACCGAUUUAAGGAAUUAGGCCAGUUGCCGAUUGUCGGUGUUGCUUAGCCCUUUGUUGGGAUGACACCGAUUUGAAGAAUUAGGCCGAUUCCUGAUUGUCGGUGCCGUUUAGCCCUUUGUUGGGAUGGCACCGAUUUAAGGAAUUAGGUCGGUUGCUGAUUGUCGGUGUUGCUUAGCCCUUUGUUGGGAUGACACCGAUUUGAAGAAUUAGGCCGAUUCCUGAUUGUCGGUGCUGUUUAGCCCUUUGUUGGGAUGACACCGAUUUAAGGAAUUAGGUCGGUUGCUGAUUGUCGGUGCUUCUUAGCCCUUUGUUGGGAUGACACCGAUUUAAAGAAUUAGGACGAUUCCCGAUUGUCAGUGCUGCUUAGCCCUUUGUUGGGAUGGCACCGAUUUAAGGAAUUAAGCCGAUUUCCGAUCGUCGGUGCUGCUUAGCCCUUUGUUGGGAUGGCACCGAUUUGAAGAAUUAGGCCGAUUCCCGAUUGUCAGUGUUGCUUAGCCCUUUGUUGGGAUGGCACCGAUUUAAGGAAUUAAGCCGAUUUCCGAUCGUCGGUGCUGCUUAGCCCUUUGUUGGGAUGGCACCGAUUUGAAGAAUUAGGCCGAUUCCCGAUCGUUGGUGCUGCUUAGCCCUUUGUUGGGAUGACACCGAUUUGAAGAAUGAGGCCCAUUGCCGAUCGUCAGUGUGAAGACCAGCUAUUUUGUUGGUGUGAAGACCGGCCACUUCGUCGGUUUGAAGACCGACUAUUUUGUCGGUGCGAAGACCGGCCACUUCGUCGGUUUGAAGACCCGCUACUUUGUGGGUGUGAAGACCGACCACUUCGUCGGUGUGAAGGAUAUAGUGGCACAACUUGUAACGGUUUGACAGGAGCUUGUAGCAGUCUGGUAGGUGCUUGUAGGAGCUUGUAGCGGUUUGGCAGGAGCUUGUAGCGGCAUGAGCUUGUAGAUUUCAAACGAUGGUAUUGCCCUAUAAUUUGUUAUAGUGAAGAAGAUGAGAGUGUUGUUCAAAGCUUUAGAGGCACCAUCAAUGCUACUGCCAUCGGCGCCACCUGUUCCGUUGUUGGGAUGAUGGUGUUGUUGUGGAGACGCUGUUCGAAGCUCAACUCAAUCCACUUCCGAUGAGGAGGAGAUCAAAGAAUUCCUUAUGCCUUCGCCGUUCAUCUAACUUUUUUUGUAAGCCUUUUUCUGACAUUUUUUUUUUUUGAAAAAAUGACUUGAUUGGGAUUUAUUUUGUUAUAACUGAACUCAAAAAUGAAACUUUUGAGCUGCCUACGUACUCCUGUGAAGGAGAUCAAGUCAAACGUAGUUCAAAAGUACCAUUUGAAUUGGUAAUCUAAGUAGGUGGGGUGCCAUACACAGUUUUAACUCAUGCGGGCCAGGAGCUUGCCGUACACAUUUUAAACUCUUGUGGGCCAAGAGUAUCUAUGAUUAUGCUCACCCAUAGAUAAAGUGAGAUGUUUUAGCAGUUUAGCCACUUACAACAUCAUUGGUGGUUUAAGGCUUUCAACAUUUUAUUUGACAUAUCUAUACCCCGACAUCAAGGGUACUGGAUUGUUAGAGUAUGAACUCACAUAUUGGUCUUCAUAUUGAUCACGGGUAUGCACAAUGGUCACUGGUUUGACUUUAAAUGCAUUCCCAUAGGUCACUUUCACAUCUGUUUCUCGCUUCAUAUGAGAUGGGAUAAAACUUCUAUACUCAUUAAGACUUUGCUUUUCGAGAGGAACUUUAGCAGAUGUAUUGUGUUCAUGUUUCAAUGUCAAUCGUUCAUGAACAGACGUUCUUUUGAAGUUUUGCCCCGUGCAUGUGUCUUCAACGUGUUUCAUCAUCAUUGAGCUCGUUCCAAGCCGCUCUUGUAAAGUCAUCUUGAUAACUUUCUUUGGCUUCGGACCCAAUCUAUCAAAGAUGGCGGGCCUUGAUCUUACCCCCUCAAUCCGAUCAAAGACUGAAUAUUUCAGUUUACAAGUUACUUCAUCUUCUUCAUCAACACAAAUAUGAUGCGUUGCGGCUCUAUUUAUGAGGAUCCUUAUGGGUUUCGGCUGAACAUAACCCAAUCCUGUGUGCCCUUGAAAAUUUAUUUGAUUCGGUGUUCCUUCUCCGCCAGCCUCCGGGAUGAGUUUUCCCAACUUUUGUUCAUUAGGAUUAUACCCAGCCUUGGCCAGAAGUUUGUAUGCGUUUGGGUCAAAUCCUUCAUUUGUGCGUGCUUUAGGGAGCUGAAAUGCCUUAACAUCAUUCCCACUUUUUACUUCCUCCUCAGAUGUGUUUUGAGGAGACUUUGAUAUUUCAAUCUUUGCAAGAGGGAAUGUAAGCCCUUCUACGCCUUCAACAAGCUUUCCUUUCAGCUUUGGUCCAAUCAAGGGGCGAUAUUCUUCUUCUUGUCUAGCAUUGUCAUCUUUAGAAAUUUUGGCCUUUAGGUAAAACUUCGCAUCUGCAAAGUAUGUUUCGGCUUCUGUGAAUGGAGUUUCAUCGGCCACUACCUUCUUUACAACGCCAUUUUGCUCAUACAUGAAGCAUUGGUGCCAUGUUGAAGGGAUUACACCGUUCUCAUGGAUCCAUGGGCGUCCUAGAAGGAGAUUGUAUGAAGCCUUUGCAUCAAUCACAUGGCAUAAAGUGUUUGCCUUUAGUCCGCCGAUGGUCAAAUCAAGACGUAUCAUUCCAAUCGCCCUUUGCCCCCCUUGAUUGAAGCCUUGAAUCAUCAAGCGGCUUUGGGAGAGUUCAUCCAUUGAUAUAUCAAGGUCUUUCAUAGCUCGAACCGUCAGAAUAUUAACAGCAGACCCUUGAUCAAUCAUAAUUCUUUUGAAUCUUUGUCCACGAGUGUAUCCUUCAACAAAAAGCGGACGGUUAUGGGGAGUAGCACCCAACAUGAGAUCUUUGUCUUUAAAGACAAUGUCAGUGACGUAUGAAGUAGAUUUUUGUGCUUCGACCACUUCUUUCUUAGUUGAAACUAGAGAUGGACAUCCACUUGAACUCUCAACUUCUUCUUCAUGGGUGCUAAGACAAGAACUUGAAAUUUGAGCCAUCUCGUUCUUGAAAUCCUUUGGCAUAAAAUCGUUGAGAGUAAUCACCCUUCGUGCAGCCUUGGAACGAACACGAUCCUUCCUUUGCUUCUUUUGCUUCAACUUGUUUAUCGGUUGUUGCUUGACCCAUUUCUUUACCACCUUCAUCGGUUGUGGCUUAUGUUUGUGGUUCUUAUUUUGUUUAUCUCGGGCUACUAAGAUCCAUGGAUCUUCUUUGUCAUUAUUUUCUUUAUCUCUCAUGCUUUUCUUGAAACGAGAGUCGUUCCCCAUCACUUCGAUAGUAAAAGGAAAUCUUUGAUUGUGAGAGUUCUUGCUCUCUUCUUUCGAGUCAUCUUUGACCAUGAAUGGAGAAAACAUACCAAAAGUGAUGGCAACUUGGUUUGUGCUUGCAGCAGAAUCGGCGAGCUCAAUCUUUCCAUCACGAGCUAGUGCCAUGAUUUUGUCUUUAAGAACCCAACACUUCUCAGUGGGAUGACUUAGAAUUCGAUGAUAGUUGCAGUAUUUGGGGUCAUCAACUUUCAUGGCUUCCUCGGGUCGCUUGGACUCGGGCAAACUGAUAAGAUUCAAUCUCAUCAGUUCCUCAAACAUGAGAGGAACGUCAGAGUCUAAGAAGGGGUACUUCUUUUCCAACAUCUCUUCUAGAAAUGGCUUAACGCGUUUUGAUGCCUCCAAGUCGGCUCUAGGAACUUGCUUUGAAUUUUGAGUGAAGAUCUUAAUAGGUGCAGUCUUCGUGACCAUUGCUUCUUUCUUUUCAAUUUUAGAAAAGGGCUUGCCCCCAGUUUUGGAAUCUUGUUGUUCAACCGCAUUAUUGACGGGAUACAUACCCACAGUUCUCCUUCUACUACUCGUAAUGCUCAACUCCAUGUUACGAGCUUUGCUUGCUAGCUCAUCAAAAGUGUUUGGAUUGACUCCUUUGAGAAUGUAGCACAAUUCCCAAUGCAUUCCUUCAAUGCACAUAUCGAUAGCGGAGCUUGUAGAGAUUCGUUCUUUGCAGUUUAGAGCAAGAUCCCUCCAACGCUCUAUGUAAGCUAUCACAGAUUCAUCUUUCCAUUGGCGAGUAGUUGUUAGUUCGAGUAAACUGACCACCCUCCUUGUGCUAUAGAAACGGUUUAAGAACUCACGUUCCAUGUCUUGCCAGUUGUCAAUGGAACCGGGCUCCAGGUCAGUAUACCAGUCGAAAGCGUUUGCUUUCAGGGAACGUACGAACUGUUUGACCAGAUGAUCUCCGCUUGUUCCCGCAUUAUUGCAAGUUUCCACGAAAUGGGCAACAUGCUGCCUUGGAUUUCCUUUCCCAUCAAACUGAAUGAACUUCGGCGGUUGGUAACCAAUAGGCAUCUUUAGAUCCUCGAUCCUUUGAGUGUAUGGCUUAACAUAGGAGUAAGUAGAUUUGCUUCCUUCUAUCUUCCCUUUUAUGGUUCCCAUGAUGAAGUCUUUAAGUUGAUCAAUCGGGAUCAUGCCCCCAGAGGUUGAGAUAUCCUUCCCCGAAUCUUCUUGGUGAGGAUCAUUCUCUUCAUGCAUUUCGGGAUCCUUUUCAUGAGUAUGACUUGACUCACCUUUCAAGCUUUCUACUUUGUUGUUCAGAUCAUUCAACUUUUGGUCUUGAGAUUGCAUGAACAUACUCAUCCCCUCGAUGACCUUAGUUAGAUGGGCGAUUUGUUCUUCCAUAGAUGUGGUGCUUGUCGUCAUAGUGGGCAUCACAGUGUAGACGUUCGACCACUGCGGAGUAGUUCUUCGUGGAGGACUUGACGAGGGAGUAGAGUCUGAUUCAAAUGAUGAGCUCUCACCACUACUUGUCCACUUCGGGGAAGUAACUUCACGUAUGGGUGAAGAAAACUUCCAGGCCAUUUCUUGUGCAAUUCGAGAUCCAUCCAUCGCACCGGGAGUAGUUCCCGAGGAUGAUUGUGCAGCUAGGAUUCUUGAUCGGCUCCUAGUGAUAGGACCUUGCAUGUCUUGAUUUGAGCUUGAUGAUGCUCUAUAAUUCAAGGUGAACACGGGCUUGCUUGAUGCCAUUGGUUUGUUUUCCCUUGAUCAAAAGUCUUGAUCAAAAGUGAAGAGAUGAGAGGUAGAGUUGUCCCACCAGGCGUGCCAAAAAUUUGUGAAACAAAUUUUAAGUAUUUACUUAAAAUUGAUCGCAAAUAAUAAUAUGUGAGAAUAUCGGGUACAAUCUCUAAAUAUGAAUCCUCUGAUUCUUCACUUGCAAUUUGCUUAAAGAAUUUAAUUUAAAAUUAAAUCUCUAAUUCUUCAAAAAAACUCGAACGUUCUUCGAUUCUUCGAAUCUUCGUUCUUGAGAUCUUCAAAUCUUCGAACUUCGUUCUUCAGAUCUUCAAAUCUUCUUGAAUGCAAAAUUCAAUAUUGAAGGGCCUCCGGUUUCAAGUAGCUUGAUCUUCAACAAAAGGGCCGUUAUGUGGCUUGAUCUUCUGUUAAAGGGCUUCCCGGGAUAUAUGGCUUGAUCUUCAAUUGAAUAUUGAUUCAAUCUUCAUAUGAAUAUCUUCAAAUCUCCAAAGAUUCGUUCUUCAUAUCUUCGAAUCUUCAAAGCUUCGUUCUUCAGAUCUUCGAAUCUUCAAGCUUCGUUCUUCAGAUCUUCGAACGUUCUUCAACUUUUGGCUUUGUUUGAUCAAGAAUCGAUGAAAUCACAAAGGAUUAUUCAUAUAUUCUUGACAAAAACGUGGCUUGAUCUCUUCCUCUUCUUCGGAAUCCUUCAGAGCCUUUCGGGAGUUCUUCAGAGCUUUGCUGCAGCGUUUCUUCGUCUGGAAGUUCUCCUCCCUUCCUCUCAACUGAGACCCCUAUUUAUAGGUGUGGAGGGGUGAAAAUAUGGUUUAGGGUUUAGCAAAUUCGUCCAUAUGCCUUGGGCCUCAAUUAAAAUGGGCUUCGGGCUCUAUUUGCUUGCAUUUUAAUAGCUAAAAAAAUCAGCAUUUGUCCGAUGUAUUUGGACAGCUUUUUUAACAAGGUUCGGAGCUAUUUUUCAUGCAUAUGGACACAUUUCUUAGCCAGAUUCACCGCUCUUUUUAUCAAUUGGAUCAUGUCUCUUAUAUACUGGGCCGUUAUUUCAUAAUGAGCUCAAAAUUAAUAGGACCGGUCCAUCCUUUUAAAUAUUAAAUUAAUUGGAUAUUUCAAUGACCACAAUUAAUUUAAUCACUAAAUUGUGUCCGAAUGGAUCCGUAUUAAUAUUUUCCUCUUGAUAAGACCCAACAAUCAUUACAAGCAGUCCAGUAGUAUCUGACGGUGGCCCAAUUGUUCUUCAAAAGAGAUUCAAUAAGAUGCAAAAUAGUCCGAUAGCACUUACAUGGGUUCAAUAAUAUUAAGGACCAUCACAAAAAUAAUAAGCCCAAAAUAUUAAAUAAUUUUCAAUACCCACAAUCCCAUUCUAUCUUCUACCAAGUUUCAUAAGUUAGUUGUAAGUGACAAAGUUUUGUGGGUAUGUAAUAAAUCCUUUUGGGAUUGUGGAUUAGCCUAUAGAAUACUGGAACUCUUGGAACAAGAAACAUUUGCGAGAUGCAAAUUAAAGAAGAUUGUAGACUUGUGGUGUUUUGUCAAACUUGGUUGAGACAUAAAGCAUCACUCAUGUGGUAAUCUAUAGUCUCAAUAAAUUGUGACAAAUGUUAAAUAAAUAAAAAAGUUUGUGUUACACAUAAUACAAAGUGGAGUUAUUAGGCAUUGAACUAGUGAAGAAGCUUGCCUCACUUGUUCCAGCCCAUAUUUGUUGUCUACUUGAAAAUUAGAAUUCAUUACAUUAAAAUAAUAUUACGUACUAAAUUAUCUCCCCAAGCUAAAAAGAAAUUUAAAACAUUCGCAGAGAAGAUUGCAGAUCGAUUGCAUCGCAAAGAGCUCCUCUCAUAAAUCACUUUCUUUUGUUUCCUCUAUAAAUCCAUGAAGGAUUUAAAGCAGCCAAAAAGCAAUCAUGUUCAUAAUAUUUCAAAAAUUCUUUUGUAUACGUUUUUAUACACGUCAAUACACCCUAUUGUCAGAGUUUUUUUUGGGAGUAUUUGUUCAUUCAUGUCAUAAUAAAAACAGCACAGGAAAAUGUAGUAAAACGGAAGGAAAAAUGACAUGUGAAGGUUGAUCCUAGUGACUAUCAAUGGGCAGUCAUUUCCGAUUGACGCCCCAACUGAAAGACGGAAGGAAUUCCAAAAUAGAUGGAGUGGCAAGUAGGGUUAAUAAAUAAUUCAAUUUUGAAUUCUUCGGCAAGGAUGGCGGGUUUUGGCAGUGUAGCAAACUUCUCCGAUCAUUCCGAUUGACGGUUGAAAUAUGAUUCGGUGAACUUGGUGAAUGUCCCGUGUUUUGGAAAGAGAAUGCUUUGUUUUUUCCCGUCAUCAAGUCUAGAGGACCUUCUACAUUCAAACAUUCUCCUCAUUGUCCAAUUUUUUAUUGACAUGUCAGCAAGUUGUAGUUAUAGACGAGAGAGAAUUCCCUAUAUAGGAGUAAAAAAGUUUUGGAAUUCGAAAAUAUGACUAUCAUGUUUUUUAUUCAUUGAAUAGAAAUUAAUUUCUACCAAGUUUAUCAUUACUAGGCUUAAUACAUGGCAUGUUUUUCCAAACUUGAUAGAAUUACUCCUAUUUAGGGAAUAAAAACAUGAAAGUCCUAUUUUGGAAUUUCAAAACGUUUUUACUCCUAUUUAGGGAAUAAAAACAUGAAAGUCCUAUUUUGGAAUUUCAAAACGUUUUUACUCCUAUUUAAGGCAAUUUCUAUAUAGACUACCGUGAUUGGAGGAGAAAAUAAUUAGUAAAUGUCUAAUUUAAUGAUGUAGCAUAUUUUACCUAGACUAGCCAUUUAUGCAUUUUAUUCUUCUUCUUUUUUUGAAUAUAUCUUCUAAACCUAUUAUAGUAUCUGCUCAUGUAGAUGUCAACAUCCUUGAUUGGGAUU